ACUGACAACCUUUCACGGCUUGUAAAGCAUGGCGGGUCAACGUCGUCUUCAGAGAAGUCGAGUUUGCUGCAAUUCCUGCUUUGCGUGGAUUCGUGCUUGGCGCCUGACAAUCCGCCUCCGUAGCCUGUGGGGUCGCAACACAUGGGGGGCAGCCAUCAUAGCAGCACUUUGCUAUCAUCCUUUGCCGCACGGAAUGCUCUUUCACAAAAGGAAGGUGUUGGGGUCAGGCGUCCUUCAGGGCCCAGGGCGAGGUGGUAGAAGAAGUGAUUGCUGCAAAAAGCACAUCUUUGCAACACUUGUUGCAAAUCACCGAGGUCGCAUCAAAGUUGUGUUGAAAAAUUUGCUGUCCUUAUUCCGCUGGGGUUCAAGGAAGCAGGCAUCUCGUGUCAGAGCCGGUUGCUUCAAGGAAUAGUUGUUGUGUCCCAGUUUCGUUGGUAAUCCUGUGAAGGUGGGCCAUCGCAGUGUGGAGGGGUGGCAGCAGAGAGGAAUCUGUGAGGCCGAGUGUAAGGCCAGGGAAUGAGGAUGGCCGGGAAUAGCGCUGGAUCAGCAUGUGCUGCAUGCAAAUUUCUUCGCAGGAAAUGCACUGCACAGUGCUUGUUUGCUCCAUAUUUUCCCCCCGAUCAACCACAGAAGUUCGCAAAUGUCCACAAGAUCUUUGGUGUGGCCAACAUCACGAAGCUGCUGUCCGAACUGCCCCUCCAUCAACGAGAAGACGCUGUCAACAGCCUGGCAUACGAGGCUGACGCGCGUGUCAAAGAUCCCGUGUAUGGCUGCGUUGGGGCCAUAUCAGUCCUUCAGCAGCAGGUUGCCCAGCUCUCUGCUGACCUCGCUAUCGCCAACGCAGAGCUGGCCAGAUACCAACAACGCGGCCCUGCGCAGGGGGGGCUACAACAACAAGCGGGGCCUUCGGAUCCGCUUGCGUUUGCCACGCUGGCGGGAACCAUGGCUGCGCUUGGGGGCAUGCAGGGGCAAGGGGGUUCAGUAGGACCACUCCAACGACCUCCACACGGACGGCAGAGCUGAUAGCAGGAGCAACCCUGAGGGAUACGGUGUUGAUGAGCCACAGCAGCCCGCCAUCCAAAGGGUUUCAUCACUGUAGACUAGGCAGGAAGGGUAGCAUAGGUGCUAAUCUUUAGGUGGAGUCAGCAGCAGCCUAAAAGAACUUGCCAAGGCGGGGUUGUUUUCUGCUCCAGUCAUGCAUAUAUGUGGAUAUUAUUCCACUCUUUGUAUAAGAGGACGGCAAGCAGAUGAUCCGGUAGACAUCCUAUAAGCUUGAUGGAUCGAGCUGGGGCUGCAAGGGAGCGGGAAUUGUUGGAUCUCUGUACCCUGCGGUGAGUGUGCAUAAGGACGACAAUAGCUGCGACAGAGAGAUAGAAGCAAUGCUGGCUUUUCAUGGCUUAGACGGACGUUCGUAACAGCUUUCAUUAGCUUUGUCUGGUCCGGCCAAGUUAUUUCUAGACUGAGAUGAAGACGGGUACGAGCUUCAAGGCACAACAAACAUCAGCUCGGUUCAUAAAUGGGGCCAGUUUGUUGGCGCAGAUGGCAACGCAGAGAAGCUAAGUUCUCCAUCAGAAGCAUUGCAAGAUUGGACUAUGCUCGCUGGGUCUCUCUUUAUUUGGAUCUUUUGUGAGCGGGCAAACUGUAGUUUCAAGAGUAGCUAUAUCAAUAUUAAAGCAGGUAA